AUGGACGGCUACUCCUCGGGUGCGCUUGUUGCGGCAGCAAAGGGUGGCGACUUGCCCAGUGUCCAGUCGUAUGUCGUGGCAGGCGCGCCGCUGCAAGUUCUCCACGAUUUGGGUGCAGAGGCGGCAGCGGGAGCUGCGGCCGGCGAUGACGACUCCAACUCGGUACUCAAGAUGGUGCAGAUGAUGGAGGAAAGCUACGCCACUCGCGAUACUCGGCCCACACCGACAGAGUUUGGCAAGGAUAGGACGGCGGCCUUACUUGCCGCCGCGGGUUCGGGUCAUGAUCAUGUGGUGGCCUGGUUGAUCGACAGUGCAGGGGCAGGUGUGAACGAUGCAGCUGGCAAUGGCACGACUGCGCUCGUGCACGCCGCCAGUGCUGGUCAUCUAGACGUCGUCAAGUGGCUUGUCGACUCGAUGGGUGCGCAAGUCGACAAGGCGUGUUUCGAUGGGACGACCGCGGUGGUUGCCGCCUCUGCCGCCGGCCACCUCGACAUCGUCGAAUGGCUCGUCGAGUCAGCCGACGCCAGUGUAGGCGACGUUCCACGCGGUGACAAGUGCGCACUGUCUUCAGCUGUCAAUCAUGGGCACACCGACAUUGUCCGCUACUUGGUCGAGACGUCAGGAAUCGACCUCUCGCAUGAGUCCAAGGGCAUCGCACACAUGGUGCGCGCGGCGUCACGUGGCUAUGUCGACACCGUCAGGCUCCUUGCGGGCGUUGUCGGUCUCGCCGACACAGGCAAUACAGAUCCACUGUUUGCUGCAGUCAGAGCUGGCUGCGUUGCCGUUGUGCAGUGUCUGGUACAAGAGUUUGGUCUCGACGUUAACGCUGUCAAGGGGCGGCGUCGUGAGAUGGCUCUUGCCAUCGCUGCCGGACGAGGUGAUCUUGUCAUGGUUACCUGGCUGGUCAACAAGGGCAGUGCCGACUUGUCAUCGCCUGCGCCCAUCCUCUGUGCGGCGGCUUCCGGCCAUCUGAACGUUGUGCAGUGGUUCAUCACCGAGAAGGGCGUCGACGUAGACAUCCGUGGGCCAGACGGCCACACGCCACUCCUCUCAGCCGUGACGAAAGACAGGGUCAACGUCGCGCAGUGGCUUGUCGCCAACGGAGCAAGCGUGAAUGUUUGUACCAGUACCAGUGCCCAUCGGGGCGGCGGGACAGCACUGCACUUGGCCAUCAAGAAGCUCCGUGGUGAUGAUGCCUUGGUCCGUUGGCUUGUAUCGGAAAGCCACGCCGAUCCGAACAUCACUGACGUGGCAGGCGUCACACCACUGCUCCUUGCCAUCCGCGAGCACAAGUCGUUUGAUUUCAUCAACUGGCUGGUCUGUGAAGGGCGUGCGGAUGUCAACAAGGCCGAUGCAAAGGGGGACGUUCCGUUGCUGGCCGCUCUUCGCAGCAACAAGAUCGACGUUGUCCGCUUGCUUGUCGACCGCGGUUCGGCAGACAUUAACGCCGUCAACAACCGCGGCGUCUCGCCACUCAUUCUGGCCGCACGCCAAGACAAGCACAAGGUUGCUGACAUGCUGUUGGAUCUCGGGGCCGACGCGACUGCAAUCGCCGUCGACGGGCAGGGCCCGCUGCAUUUCGCUGCUGCCAAAGGGCGCCUCGUUUGUGCUAACGGAUGGUCAGUAUCACCGCUGCAUCUGGCAGCCGAGGUCGGCCACAUGAAGGUCGUGCGCGAGCUUGUUGGGCGCGGGGCAGACUUGCACAAGCCGCGAAGCAACGGGUUUUCCCCGAUAUUCGACGCUGUCGCUGCCGGCCACAUUGCCAUUGCCACUUGGAUGGUGUGCGAGUCGCUGGCGCGGGGCGGAACGGCACUCUCUCGGGAAACCGUCUCGUACGUCGUCGAUCGCGGCAUCGACUUGCUUGCUCCGGAUGAAGAUGGACGCCGUGCGCCUGCACUUGCCUGGCGCGCCGACUCUGCCGCGCUUGCCACUCCGCUGGUCAACUCCAUUGAUUUCCCGGCCCAAGGUCGCGUGGCAGUCGAUCCCUCCCGGAACGACUCGAUCAACCGCGCCACGGCGGUUCUCGUGACAUGCAUUCACGCCGCACUCGCUUCCUCCAAUGCUGAGCCGCUCACACCGACUCGCAUAACCGAGCUUGUCAAAUGCGGCGCUCAGCUCGACGACAUCAUCGAUGGUCGCGAUUACAGCUUUUUCGAUGAGACGACACUGCUUGGCGCGUCGCUGUUUGGCCGCGUCCAUCCAGGCAUCUUCCACGGCACCCAAGUAGCCGUUAAGGCGCUGCCCGGCUUUAUCACCGAUGACGACAUUGCUGACGUGUUCAAAGCCGAGGUGACGGUGUUAGGGAAGUUGCGUCAUCCCAACAUCCUGCUUUUUAUCGCCACCUGUCUUGACCUGACCCGGCCGCUGAUCGUGACAGAGUACAUGGAGCGUGGCACGCUGACCGAGCUUCUCGCCGACGAUCAGGUCUCGCUCUCGAUGUCAACCAAGAUCUCACUGGCGGCCGAUGUCGCCCGGGGCAUGGCGUACCUGCACGGUAUCUGCCCGCCGAUUGUCCACCGCGACCUCAAAUCGCCGAAUGUGCUCGUGUCCGGCACUGGCGAGCGCCUCCUAGCCAAAGUCUCGGACUUUGGCUUUUCGCGGUCGUUGUCGUCGGCUUCGGUCAUGGCAACAACGACCGGCUCUCCCCGAUGGAUGGCGCCCGAGGUCAUCCUGAGUGCCACUGCGGAGGGCUACUCGCACAAGGUUGAUGUCUACUCAUUUGGCAUUGUGCUGUGGGAGAUUCUGGCCAGGCAGCUCCCGUACCCCGAGACGCCGGUAGGCGCCAACGAGUUGGCUGUUGCCGUGGCCGCCGCCACGCAAGGCAAGCGCCCGUCGCUUGACGCUAUUGAUGCACCAUUGGCAAUCGUGGAUCUUGUCACACGCUGCUGGGAUGUAGAUCCGGCAGCGCGCCCCGAGUUUAGCGACAUCCUGACGGUUCUUGCGGUCACUCUCGACGCACUUCCGCCCAUCAAGCGAUGGGAUGUGUUCAUCUGCCACGGCGGCGGCGACAAGGGCGCAGCUCGCGAACUCUACGACAACCUGAUUGCUCGCGAGCUGCGGGUUUUUCUCGACGUGCACUCGCUAGACGGCGAGCGCUGUGAGUGCCCGGACGAUCUGGCAGCUCAGGUCCGGGCCUCGCGUGUCGUCGUCGUUCUUGUCUCCAAGUUCAUGCUCGUCUCACGUUGGGCCGUUGCAGAAGCCAGAGCUGCGCUUGAAGCCGCCGAUUCCGGGCACGUGGUCAUUUUCCCGGCCUUUAUCGGCCAGGAUGUCACCCUCGAGACACUCGCCCAUUAUGGCGAGGUGAAGACAGACGAUCCGCACCAUCCGCUCCUCUCGCUCAUGGACACCUUUUUCCACGCACCGCACCAGCAGACCUUGCACGACACAUGGCGACACUCUGACCUCGAUGCGGAAAAGAAGGCCCAUCACGUUGCUGUCGCCUACGAUCUCAAACGGUAUGGCCUGGCCACCUACGACUAUCAGACCAUCUCACCGACGCGCGCCCUCGUUAAUAUCGCCGACCGAGUCUUCAACCUUGCCGACUCACCGCAGGCCUCCUCAUCAUGAUACCCCACACAAGCCCAUCACCUUCUCUUCCACGCUUAUGAUUCACCCAUCAUCAAAUCAAACAUGCCGUGA